AUGCAAAAAAAUAUGCAGGAUAACAGUAAUAAAAAUGAAUUUAGUGAUAUGAAAGAUAAUAAGAAUGAAGGGAAAGUAAAUGAAAACAGUGGAGAAAAUAUGUACAUUUUUGAUGAGCCUGAUGAUGAAUUGGAAGAAUUUGAAGAAAUGGGAAGUGUAGCUUUAAAUGUAGACACAGACUUGGAAAAUUGGGAAGAAGAUUGGGGAGCAGCAGGAUGGGACGAUGAUGAUGACGAUGACGAUAAAUUUAUUUUAAAAGUUGAAUCGGAAUUACAAAAAUUUAAAGCUAAUAUGGAAGCAGAAAAGGAUUUAAAUAAAUAA